GCUGAAGUGAAAGCAAAGCGUACCACCUUCCAGAUCUGAAGCAAGGCCAGCCUGUGAGAACUUGUCGUUCGACGACCGCAUUUGCAUUCGCGCCUGGUCACGAAUUGCUCGCUGCGUAGGAUUCGAUCAGCCUCAAUUCGCAGAACAUCCUGAUGUGGGAUUAGUGCGCGAAAAUGAUUAUAUGGAGAAGAAAACGAUCGUUGUUGCUAUUCGCUCAGGUUGGGUGGACGCGCUCGUGGCGGCGCUAAGGCUGGUUUCAGGCAGCAAGGAGGCUGUGUUGAACGCCGAUCUGCACUCAGCUGUGUGUACCAAUACGAGCAUACAUUCCAUCAGGUUCCGAAUGAAUCGAUUCCAAUACUCCGAAGUAACUUAUGACACUCUCGAGAGAAUGCGACAUAGUAAUUAGUACCAAGAGGAACUUACCAUCGCGCAUCUCACGAAGAAAUCCUGACGAGCCUACAUUACCAAAUACUUCUAAUUUGGAAGCGAUAUGAGCGCCUCCUUUUCGAAAAGGGAAGGCAAAAGAAGACAGGAAGCCAGUCCGGAAGACAAUGCUGAAGGAAGGAAACGACUUAAACCAGCCAUCGAUCCAACAUCACCACUGUGUACGGCAUGUCAAACGCUUAACAUUGACAAGGGUUUCGAAGCGGCCCACAAGUAUUACAAACUCAGAGUUUACGACCCGGACAAGGUGUCUAAGCUCUACGAAGCUUACGAUGGAAGGCACUUCUACGAUGAUGCAGUUUCUGUGCAUCAGUUUGGCACUCGACUGUCCAAGCCAUCAAAGUGUCCACUGUGCGAAUUCUUUCGAUCUGUCAGAGUUCAGCCAGAUGUACAUGAACGUUACAAACUACUUGCGUUCCGUAGCACCGAUGCUUGGCUCUUCAAUGCAGAUCGGGUAAGAACCGCGUUUAAAGAACCCGACUUCCUCGAAGAACGCCACGAUACAGUGUUCAUGGCAGUCCUGCCAGAUAUAGAGUCGGUCCCACCAACCGGGCACGAUGCGACAUGGCUAGACUACGAGAUUCCGGCUGUGGGGGCCAUCUUCUGCAAGCCGGCUGCCGAACCCAGCGACGGUCUCAAUCAGAACCUGCUGGGAGCAAGAGAGCUCAUGGAUUCAUUUGAUGUUGAGCGGUUACGGGCUUGGCUCGAUUUCUGUCGCAGUGGACACGGUGCCGCUUGCAAACAACGUGCGUCGGAAGAACCGGUAACCAGAGGCUUUCGUCUGAUCAACUGUACCAAGGAUCCUCCCGAGGUUGAAGACAAGCCGUGGGGAACUCCGUACGCUGCUUUAAGCUAUGUUUGGGGAUCUACGCCCGCCGAUCUGGAAGACUGGCCGGCGACUGUCAUGGACGCAGUCGAGGUCACACGCAAGUUCGACUUUACCUAUCUCUGGGUUGAUCGGAGCUGCAUAAACCAGGCGGAUUCAGAAGAGAAAGGCUACCUGAUUUCGAGAAUGACAACCAUAUACGAAGCAGCCGAGUUCACCAUCGUAGCAACUGCAGGAAGUGGAGCUAGCCAUGGUCUUCCUGGAGUAGGAAAGACACCUCGCAAGCCGCAGCCAAAGUACUAUACCGACAGCGGAAGCUUACUCCUUUCUAUACUCCCUGACCCUCGACGCGAAAUACUACAGUCGCAAUAUUGGACCCGCGGCUGGACAUACCAAGAAGGAGUUCUCUCCAACCGCCGUAUCGUCUUCACAGAACACCAGACCUACUGGGAAUGUCGCUGUAUGGCUUCGAAUGAAAGCGCGGAUGUGACGCUGUUCCACCAACCCAUAAGCCAUGAGAACGAUCCCAACAGCAUUCUAGUAGACUUCAUGCUGACUGGCAUAUUCAAAGGCGGUGCGUUCAGCGGAGGCAGUAGUGCGCAUCAAGGAGACUUGGUCAUCGCUAAUGACGAGGAAUAUCGGUUAGACUAUGGCUUUCCUGUCGUUCAGGAGAUCACUGUUGGGGCCCAAUUGCGAGGGCUGUGUGAGCAUAUGCGUGAGUUUACGAAACGACGCUUGACACAAGAUACAGAUACCCUGCCAGCCUUUCAGGGUAUUGUUGGAAUGUAUGAACAAACUACAUCGCUGCACAUGUUUCACGGAAUACCGUUGUGGACGGGCGACAUUGCUGGAACCGCUGCCCCCGCUCAGAUCACCCUCGCCUUGGCUAUAUCGUCAUGGUUCCACCGUGCGGGCUCACAUGAGGCCAUGUUUAUCUCCGAAACAUGUAGGCGGCGUGCCCAUUUACCUUCGUGGACCUGGGCUGGCUGGGGCGGUACAGUUAGUUGGCGGCUGCCUCCCAAUACUGAAUAUUGCGCUUAUCUGAGUGAUCUCAUCAACGCUACAAGCCCAAGUAUCGUUUGGGGUGCGAACAUCUAUCUCUCUCAUCCUGGACGUCCAGAAGUAGUACGGUUGUUAGACCGAAGCUCAGCGCUUCGUCUGGCUAACGGCACCUUUUCCACGAUGGAAAUAAAGAAUCCAUACCUCUUGAACAAGUUUCAACCAGUCAAGGUAGAAAAUCGCGAGUGGUCGUGGGGCAGACUGGUUGGGAGGAUUGGUCGCGAACGGAGAAUGUCUCACCGUUUUGACAAAGCCACAGACUGGUGGAGAAUAGGUGGUCGCCUCGCUUUCACCAGCAUGUCUAUUUCCAUAACCCAACAAGAGUGGACUGCCAAACAUGGCUCUGGCGAGUUCAUAAGUGUCUUGAUCUUUGUAGGGAGGUUCCUAGAUGUCGAGCAUGGCGCGGCACGUUUCUUAACAUUGCGAAAGGUACCGCAUUCUAAUCCUGUUGUGUGGGAGCGAGUCGGCAUGCUUUCUUUGACGCUUCCUUUCCUGGCUAAGUGUCGGGACAUUUCGGGUCUUUUUCACAAAACGCCAGCUCAUUCCCGAAGUGGCUCUAUAGUUAUUCAAUGAAUCAACGGCUGUCGCGACUCGAUAUCGAAAAAUCCGCGUGCAAGUACUUCAUGACCUCAGGUGUGAAUGAGAUUGAACAUCUACUUUUGCCGUCGCCGCCUACAUCACGGCUUGCUUUUAGCUCCCAAAGCAAGAAUGCCGGGUCAGUAUACGUUGCUGUUAUUUUGCCUUCGAAUGAUUGUGCAGUUCCGUAGGAUCUUGCUGCGAACACGCCGGGGUGUGCGUGUCCAAGAGAAAGGGCUGGUGGUAGUGAUUUUUAUGCUGCAAUUGCGGAAGGAUACUGCACUUCGUGCUUCACUGGAAGCUCAGGGUGCACACGGUUCAUUGAGGAUGUACUUCAAGAGUGGUGAUGGCUUGGAACAAAGUUCGUGAUGUACG